GCUGGGAGAAAUGGAGGAUGCGUCCUUCGGGAAUCUUUCAUCGACCAUGUUUAUUUUUCUAAAACGGGAUCAAAUAUUAAAAAAAAAGAAAGAAAACAGGAUGAUAAACUGCUCUCACACUGACUGACUCUGGACGUAAAUAAGCUCAGUGAUGAUGAUGGGAUUGGACUGAGACUCUUACCUUUUUUAGAGAGCACACAAGCACUGAGCCUCCAGUGUGAGGUGGAGCGGCAGCAACAGCUUGAGCUCAGGCGUUUGUACCGGUCUCUCCUGGGUGCACUACCCUCUCUGACUGCAGAGGCAGUGCGUCCGUGCGUCCUACAGCUUUCACCGCACCGACCCCCCCGCACUCUAGGGUCAUCAUGGGGGAGGUGGCCCUAAUGCAGUUCACCACGGUGGAUUACGUCAUCUUCGCCGUGCUGCUGGUGGCCUCGGCUGGCAUCGGCCUCUUCUAUGCCUUCUCUGGUGGUCGCCAACGCACAACACAGGAGUUCCUGAUGGCUGACCGCUCCAUGAGCUGCCUGCCUGUGUCUCUGUCUCUGCUGGCCACGUUCCAGUCCGCCGUGGCCAUCCUGGGCGCUCCGUCUGAGGUGUACACCCAUGGAACGCAGUACUGGUUCCUGGGCUGCUCCUACUUCUUGGGCCUCCUCAUCCCCGCUCAUAUUUUCAUCCCAGUCUUCUACAGGCUGGGGCUGUCCAGUGCCUACGAGUAUCUGGAGCUGCGCUUCAACAAGACGGUUCGCAUAUGUGGGACUGCAACGUUCAUCUUUCAGAUGGUCAUUUACAUGGGGGUUGUCCUUUAUGCUCCAGCCUUAGCACUCAACGCAGUGACAGGCUUUGACCUGUGGGGGGCAGUGCUUUCCAUGGGAUUAGUGUGCACUUUAUAUACAGCUCUGGGAGGCUUGAAAGCUGUGAUCUGGACAGAUGUGUUCCAGACAGUGGUGAUGUUUGUAGGCCAGCUGGCGGUCAUCGUGGUGGGGACCAUUCAGGCGGGGGGAAUCGGAGAGGUCUGGAGGAAAGCAGUCAACGGCAGUCGUAUUUCUGGACUGGACCUGAACCCAGACCCUUUGGAGCGUCACACCUUCUGGACUCUGGGUGUGGGGGGAAUCUUCCUGAUGCUGGCUCUGUACGGUGUGAACCAGGCCCAGGUCCAGAGAUAUCUCAGUUCACGCACAGAGAAAGAAGCCAUCAUAUCCUGCUAUGUUGUUUUCCCCUGCCAGCAGAUCGUCCUGUGUUUAGGUUGCCUGAUGGGUCUCGUCAUGUUUGCUCGCUACGGUGAAGACAGUCCUCUGGUCAAGGGCUAUGUCCAAAGUAAUGACCAGAUGGUGCUGUACUUUGUGAUGGACGUGUUCAGGGACCUUCCUGGUCUCCCAGGCCUGUUUGUAGCUUGUCUCUUCAGUGGAGCACUCAGCACCAUCUCGUCAGCCUUCAACUCCCUAGCAACAGUAACUAUGGAGGACCUGAUUAAACCUCACUUUCCCAACAUGACUGAAGCCAAAGCCACAAUGUUAUCCAAAGGACUUGCUUUGGCCUAUGGCCUGGUGUGUCUGGCAAUGGCCUACCUCGCCUCUCUCAUGGGAUCUGUGCUGCAGGCAGCCCUCAGUAUCUUCGGCAUGGUGGGUGGCCCCCUGCUGGGCCUCUUCUGUUUAGGGUUGUUCUUCCCGUGGGCAAACCCUAUCGGUGCAGUUGUUGGUUUAGCAGCAGGUCUCAUCAUGGCCUUCUGGAUCGGCAUUGGCAGUUAUGUGAUGCGCAUGUCUGGUCCCGCUCUACCACCUCUUAACGCCACUGCUCUGCCUCCGUUUGGUAACAUGACCACUACUGUUAUGACCGCACUGGUCAGCGCCACCACCUCCACUAUCACUGCCAAGCCAAGGCCGACGGGUGUGGAAGCGCUUUACUCACUGUCCUACAUGUGGUACAGUGCUCAUAACUCCACCACUGUGGUGGUGGUGGGACUAAUAGUCAGCUUGCUCACAGGACCUAUGAAGGAGAAGGAGCUGACUCCAGGGACAGUGUUUCCAGUCCUGGGCACGCUGCUCUUCUUCCUGCCCGAGCGCUACAAAGAGAAGCUCUGCUGCGUCACUCCUCUGGCUCGGAAGCCCAAAGAAUCCAAGAUGCAGACGUAUAACGUGGCCAGCAAAGAAGGCAACGGAGCGUCUUACUACAAAGACGAGACGGAGAGCGACCGAGCACAGACCGAGGACGUAGAAGCUCUGUCUCAAUACCAACCGGCAACUCACACGGUCCAGGAGACGUCCUUAUGAUCUUUUGGGUUUUGUUUUUUUUUUUUUGGUUAUGAAUAGCACGCAUACACAUCGUCAAUGUCUGUGGUUGUCAGUUUUUGUUUUUUGAGAGGAGCCACAAAGACAGGUCAUAGAUGUGAAGUGUAAUGAGUAAUUAUUAAGUCUUUUUUAAGUCGUUUGAAUCUUACUACAGAAAAGCCUUAUGGACACUUUAGUAUUUGUGAGUGGGAGUUUUUCUUUAGGUACCCACUUUUGUCCUCAAACAAAGAUGACUGGGAAAAAAAAAAACUGGAAAUGUGCAAAAGAUGACAGGAUAUUUAGGAAGCACUUGCCUGUGCUGAGUCACAGACUCUGGCUCUGUCCACAUGUGUGCAGAUGUUGUGUAGGGGUUUGAAGUUGGAGACUGGGCAGCUUUACGUGCACAAUGAGCUGCACCACUGUGGCUGGAGAAAAACAUUCAGGUAGUCAUGAGUUGUAAAAAAAUGAUUCUUUUUAUUUUUGUAGAGAAGAUAGAGUCAUGGAAUCUAAGGAUAUAUUAUGAAGAGAAGGACAGAGUUUCAUGUCUGUGUCACUGUGAUGGUGUAGUGUCUUUGUACGGCCUUGGUUUAAUACUUAGAAUCGCCUUUUUGCUGCUGUUCUAGCCGUCCAGUGAUCGGGAGCCACGCAAACCAAGUGUGUGUGUGUGUGUGUGUGUGUGUAGACCAGAGCAAACCUGAUGUUUCAGUGUUUGCAGUACACUAAAGUUAUGGCUCUCUUAAUAGCCAGUAUUGACGAGAGGAGGAAUUACACUGAAUUACACCUAAAUGACACUAAAUGACACUAAAUCCAAGAGUGGAUCUGUUGAAACGUACCAUAAUAUGUAUAUUUGUGUCUCCCCCCUGAGGGUAACUCCACCCAAUGCCUGAAAAAUGCCAAGAAGUGGGCAGAGAGCUGAGGGGGGGAGCAGUGCAGGAGGCGUGGCCUUGACACUGAGUUGCAGCUGCACGAUUGGAGCCUCUAAAUCUGACUGAAUAAUCAUGUGAUGAUCUGAUGAUAUGAGCAUCAGAUAUCGAUUCAUCUGUCGAUUGCUUGAUAAAUCAGUGGUUUGCUCCACAAAGUGGCAGAAUUUUUAUUUUUAUUUUUAUUUUUUAAAUGAUCAGUGUUUGCUAAACCUCAAAAAUAAUGAUGCUCUUAAAUGUCUUUAUGUCCACAAACCAAAGUGAAUCAGACUUAAUAAUUUCUUUAUUUGGCGCAAAGAAACCAGGGAACAGUCACAUUUAAGAAGCUGAAAACUUUCAGGACAUUCUUAAAUAAACUCUAACUCAAAGAGAUUGAAUUGAUUUAACAGAUAGUUGAUAAGUAAUGAAUCGUUUGUUCACAUAAUCAUAAACUUACAGCUUCAUGUGACUGUAGAAAUAUCGACAUAAGCAGCUGUCACUUUCAUAACAUACUCACUUUUAGAUAAAUGGUUAACAUUGCACUUCCUGUGACAACUUCAAAAUAAAAGUGCUUUUAUUUAUUAGUAAUGGAAUACGCUCCACAGCGCUCUGCACAUACUGAUCCGUCACUGGUCAUGAUGCUGCUUUUAUUCAGUUUUUUUUUCCUCUGGAGAUGUUGUUGGUCUGUGGGUCAGAUCUGGGGUCAUAGGUCACCCCUGUGUGCUGUAGAGCUUCCAGCACGCGUAUCACGUCUACCUGACCUGACUUCCUGUUGUUGGAGUCACCUGUAGUGACUUUGAAACACUAGUGCACGUCUGUCUCCGUUGUUUAAGGUUGUCGGCGUCAUGUGACGCACUUCAUUUAACGUUUAGUUUCUGUGGUCGUUAUUGUGGUGACCGUGUUUUUGGAAUCGCAGAAUUCUUGGCCAUCUCCAUUUUGCCAUUUUCACUCAUUCAUUGUUGUGUGUGUGUGUGUGAUCUUGACAGUGGACUCCAUGUCAAGACACCGUGUUGUGAAGUGAGUUCAUGUGUAAUGUGUUUGGAGAUGCCGCGUCUCUCUGGCCUUAUACUUUCCUUCUAUGUGACACUUCAGGUAACAGUGGACCUCAUUCAUUCAUUCAUUCAUUCAUUCACUCACUUUUCCCCUUAAAACAGUGUACGAUAGCUGUGAUGUUAGGACACAGAUCACAGCGGUGAUGCAGCUGCUCAGUGGCCACACGGCUCUCAUUUCUCACCCAGUUUCCUGCUCCAAUUUAUUGUCUUUAUCCAAAAUGGAUUAAAAAUGUUUAUAUAUUUAGUUCUUGGAAUUAAAACUUAACUUCAAAUUCAUGGAGUGUUCUAAAAGGCCAUAUUCUCUUCAUCAAUUAAUCUGUUAUUUUCAUAAUUAAUUGAUCAGUCUAAUGUGAUAUUUAAUUUACUGCCAUGUUCACAUGAACAAAGUUGAAACCCCAGAACUCCAUAUAGUUAAUUUUAAUUGAAUAUUAAAGUAUUAAACCAUUAGUUAAUUAAUUGUUCCAAUAUUUAAUGGGAUUUUUCGUUGAAUCUAGUAAAGGUAAUGCAGGAUUUACAGCAUGUUGAGCUGAGACGAGCAUCAAAAGGACUGAGUUUUUCUUUUGCCUUAAUUUAUUAUUUAUUCAUGCAAAAUAUCCCUACGUGCAUAUGUUUGAUGAGUUUGAUCCUCUUACAGAUCUUUUGUUAUGUCCUUUUGCAAAAAAAGUGAUUAUGUAAUGAGUAAAGAGUUGAUACACAACUGGGAGUGAUGAUGAUGAUGAUGAUGAUGAUGAAGGAAGCUGUGGACACUGAGCACCACUGUAGUUUUCAUUGGUCAACAGCAGGGGGAGACAACACAUCAUGUCAGUGACCGUUUUGUAUUACUGUUUAAUCCAAUUAUGAAUGGUCACAUUAUUAACACUAUUUAUAAAAAGAAUAAAUCUUUAGUUCUUCCCCCAACAAAUCCCAGAGAAGCAAACACUAAAUCUUGAUCUGUGUGUUUUAUCAUGAGAGCACUUGUUGAAUGAGGUCCACUCUUUUUUUACAGAAACCCCAGUUCAGCACAGUCCCAUUACAGAACCAUCACUCUGACACUUAGAAAUACCUCAUUGUAUCCCAAAGCAUAUAGAAAUAUGAAUUUCUUUUUUUUUUUUUAACCAACAGGUUUUGUAUUUAAGAUCUCAUUUGUAUAUUUUUGUAACUUCACAAAAAGCCUACAGACAUUUCCUAAGACUGAAAUGUUGAAUUCUAUAUGCAAGAGCCGUGAAAUGUUUGUUUUGAUGGUGAAUGUCGGGGAGAAUUGGGAAUGUAACGGUCGAACUGUAGCGACCGCAUACAGCACGCGUACAUUCAGGGGCGGAGCCACCACCUAUGAUGUCAGAAUUCCUCAUUGAAGUCUGUUUUCCACUUAGUGGGAGCAUAAUUUACAAAAUGAACACCGUGUUGCAUUGAAGAAAACUCAGAACUAGUGAUAAAGACAAUUAACUCAGAAAAAUGUAAAGUAUAAAUCAAAUGAGAAGUAAAAGUAAAAUCUUCUUUUAAUGUAUACUUAAUAAUUCCCUGUAAAUUUCCAGAAACCUUCCAUGGGAACUUUAUUUUGGGAAUUAAUGAGAAUGAAGUCAAAAUCUGGAUAAUUUGGAAGAAACAUGUUUGUUUUUUGUCAUAAGCAGACAUGCAUACAUUUAAAUAAUAAAUAAAUCGAUUAUGCAGUUUAAUUUGAGUAGAACCUUUGAUAUAGGGCUCCCCAAUUUUGCCUAGGGCCCCCAAACUCCCUUGAAACGCCCCUGCGUACUGUAUAUAACUGCAGUGUCUUCAUCACACGGCAGGUGUGUUUGUGCGUUACAUUCCAAAUUCUAACUCAAAAAUUCACAUUUAUUCAAAAAAACAUUCAAUGGUUCCGAGUUUGUCCUUUUGGUUUUCUUCCAGUUUUUUAAAUUCCAUUGUUGUGAUUAUUAUAUUCUAAUGUGGAAUCCUCCUUCAUACCUGAAAUUACUUGAAGUGUGAGCGUGAGAUGUCAACAACAAUAAUAAUAAUAAUAAUAAUAAUGAUGCAAUCAUAAACGAGGUGAGGGAGCUGUGAAAUGAGUUGAAAAAUAAUUGCUAUAAAAGAAACAUGUCCUCUUUAAUAUAGUCAAAUAAAGCACAAGCAGGUCAGAGUCUGACUGAAGACGAGACAGAAAUGUUGUAAAGCAGCUUCCAUUUACACACGUGGCCUUUCUUUUCUUUUCUUUUAUUUUCUUCUUCUUCUUAUUGUGCGUCGCAGACCGACUCACUGUAACAGCCGAGAGAGAAAAAAGCAGGGAAACACUGUCACAGUAAUUUCCAGCAACAAUAAAUAUUGUUUCUAUUUUCAAAACAAUAUUUAUUCUGAUUGUUUUCCCCACCCACAAGAAUUCUCACUGUUUUGCAUUCCAAUAAAACAAGACCUCCAUAAGCACUGAAGCCGGGACGGCUGCUCUGCUUUGGCCUGUGCCUUCA